UCCCUUCUUCAGGCUCCACGCCUGACUGUCCCAGUGGCUGUGCAAUCCCUCACUCUGCAGCGCCGUAAACACUGACAGCCUGCGAGUUUCGUCGAGCGUAUCCAGAGGGACUCGGUGUGUUUGCUGUAGUAAAAACAUUCGGCUUGUGCUGCCUUGCUCCACACGGAUACAGGGGUCGAGAGGUACAUCAAUGACAGCUGCGGCAAAAACGGGAGGACUAGACGCGUCAUUUUUUUUUUGAAUUGCAAAGGGAUUUUGCAACCUUUUUUUUUUCAAACAGCGUUUGUAGCUCUUGUCAGCUGCGAUAGCCUGCACGAGACUUUGUAAAUUGCAUCCAUUAACACUAAAACAAGCUCGGUGGACGUUGUGAAUAAUUGGAAGGAGCUGUUUCCUUCCUCUUCUCUGCAAAACAACUGGACACAUUUAGUUGCCUAAAUCGAUGAACAAUUUAAGUGAAAUAUUGAGCGUUUUAACUGUAUCACCGACAGGCUGGCAGUGGAAUUCACGCUUUUUAAGGUUUGGCUUUUAUUAUUUUCUUUUUUGCCAUUGAGUUUCUUUUUUGUUUACACGUUCUGUUUCCAGUUGCAGAACCCUGCGUUUUGGAGUUGCAUCGUAUCUUAUGGGGUUUCUUUUGAAGUUGCGUUCUGUCAAACAUUUUCAUUUUGGUAAAUACUAUUUGCUAGGUUUAUUUUAACUGUCACCCCCUCACUGAGAGUUGUGUACAGCAGCACAAACGGACGGUACCGUAUGCAGCUUUUCUAUUAUUUCAUUUGAAUUUCUUGGUUUCACCUUGGAACAACAAUGCCACUAAGCGCAAUGCCCAGAGGUCAAUCCCUAAGCCCCGCUUCCCUGUCGCGUAGCCUGUCCAGGUUGAGGGAAUUUCGGACCCGGACUCGUAUCAUGCUUUCGCUCGGAGUUUCACAGAUGGUUCUUGGGAGUCUUAUCCUGGCUGUCAGUUUCGCCGCCUUGGCUUUAACCACCUCACCCAGAGUCCGGCAUUCAUGUCCGUUCUGGGCUGGAUUCUCGGUUCUGCUGUCUGGGCUGAUCGGUGUGGUUUCUUGGAAGAGACCAAUCUCACUGGUGAUCACCUUUUUCAUGCUGCUGUCUGCGGUGUGUGUCAUGUUAACCCUGGCUGGAUCCAUCCUCUCCUGCCAGAAUGCUCAGCUGGUAAAUUCACUCGAGAAUUGUGAUUCGGUUCAUCAUAUCUCUGACAGUGAUGGGGUGUGCGUGUGCUGUCAGAUGCACCAUCAGAGUCUGGGCUGCAGCAGCAACCUGGGAGAAACACUGAAGCUGAACUCGCUGAGGGACUGCAACACCAUCAGGCUCAGACUCAAGGAAUUGUUGUUCAGCGUAUGUGCCCUGAAUGUCAUCUCCACCAUUGUGUGUGCCUUGGCCACAGCCAUGUGCUGCAUGCAGAUGGUCUCUGCUGAUGUCCUGCAGAUGUUUCUUCCACACAGGUCACGCUCUGUGAACCCAGAUUGUGUGUCUCCCCAUGGCACUAUUCUACACCAGACUCUGGAUUUCGAUGAGUUUAUACCUCCAAUACCACCUCCUCCAUACUACCCUCCAGAGUACACCUGUACACCAGCCCUAGAGGCGCAGAGAGGCCUUCACCUGGACUUUCCUCACUCCCCCUUCAGUGCCAUCUAUGGAGUGCCGAUCAACAGCCCGGGCGCCAUGUACCCCUCGGAGCUCCCACCUCCCUAUGAGGCUGUGGUGGGGCAGGCUCCAGCUAGUCAGGUAACUACUUGUCUGGAACAGCAAGCGACUGAGUCCAGCUUGUGUGAGAGGAACACGACGGCAGGUUUCAGCACACAAGCAUCUGUGGACAGCACGUCUCUGAUGGUCUCAGAAAUGGCUGAUAUCCCAGAUCACAGCUGCUCCUCUGAAGACCUGUGUUCCCUGGAAGUGCAGGGCUCCCUCAGGUCUGUGGACCUCUCUCCGUACAGCACAAUCCGCACGGUGGCUACAGACGGCAGCUGCACCAGCCUGGAGCACAGCGUCCGCUGCAGCCACCACCGGAGCCACUCUCAGAGCUCGCCUGGGGAGGAGGAUGAGGAGGCGGCAGGCCUCAGCGAGUCCUCCCUCACCCAGGACAGGUCCCCAGACUGGUCCUCCGAAAACAACAGCGCGCUGGGGAGAAGAGAGUCCAAGGCCUUGCCCGGGGAGGCUGCAGCUGCCUGUUCUCCGCCCAAGCAGAAGCUGUGCUUUGCAGUCUAUUCCCAGUCGUCCUCCUGCUCUUCCUCACUGCCUCAGUCAGUAGCCAGUUCGGCACACAGCAGUGCUUCAUUCUCAGCCUGCGUGGAGAGAGCCAGACCCCAGCGCCACAACAGGAAAUACAGGCUUUCUAAAAUCAUACGCUCGACUAGCGACCCCGUCUCGUGUACAUCCAUCUCUGAAAGUGACAGUUGUGCCGCUGCUUGCAAUCAGGUCAAUGAAGAAUCCCCACAGACGUCCCCUGAGCCAGCUGCUUGUCCAGAACUUUCCGUCGUCGUUGCGUCCUGCCAAGGUGCUGUCAAACACGUCCCGUCCUCCAGAAGACAGAGGGACGGCAGCAAAGUGGAUAUUCGCUUGAAACAGAGGGCAUUGCAAGCCAUUUCCAAAGAGCGGCCGCGCUCCUUGGUGGACAUUAAGACAUACAAAGACACCAAAAUACUGGUGGCAAAAUUUCUCGAACACUCCAGCUGCAAUCUACCUCCUGAAGUCCAGCAUGUGGUCAACAGCAUCAAAUGUGUCAUCAAGACAGAUGAGCGACACAUGGAGGAAGCUAUCUUCAGUGCCAAUGUCAUUGACCAGGUGAUCACCAACUCCCAGCAGAAUGUGAAGAGCCCACGGAAACGUCUCCAGCAGGACCUGCACCUCCAGAGCUGUGGGGACCUGAGCUCCCCCUCCUCCAGCCUGCGGAGGAGCUGUGUGCAGAGACCUGUGGACACGGACCGGCCACACAGCCUCAUCGGGGUGUGCAGGGAAACCAUCCUCUGACACACCAGCCUUCAAACACAUGCCAACCAGGAUUCUACAGUGCAGUCCAUGGAGGCUCGUGCUCACUGCUACAGUGAACAAACUCCAUUCUAAAUAGUAUUGUUAUUAUUAUUAUUUUAUUUUUUUAAAGACAAAAUGAAUAUCUUCUUCAGGGUUCCAUUUUUAAACUGACAGGUAUUUAAAAAUUACAGUAAAAAUACUGUACAUCCAAGAGACUGCACCAGUUCAGUUCAGCUGAGACAAAGGGAUAUCUUCAUCUUCAAAUCUUGGCUUUUGUUUUCCACCAAACUGUGAAUCUGCCUACAAUUGGAAAGUCCGCAAUGCAUUAAUCUCAGUCAUUCUCUUACUGCAGCUGGAAAGAGCUUGUAUGCUGUGUGGAACAGCACAGUAUUUUAAAUGCCAAGACAAGGCAUUUAAUGAACAGUGGCUACAGCUUUAAAAAGUUGUAUUAUUUAAACUUACCUCAGUGUGUUUCAAUUCUUAUCAGUGUUCUAAUAAAAAGUAUCUUUUUUUUUUCUUC